CGCGGCUGGUCGGGCUGCGGCGGACGAGGGAGCGAUGCUGCCGGCGGCGCGCGCCGACUACCUGGCGCCCUGGUGGGCGUCUUGGCUGCACGGGCUGCCCCACCUGAGCCUCAGCCUGCAGCCCGUGCCCAGCGCCUUCCGCCCGAGGGACGCCGACUACCAGCAGUCCUUACUGCUCUUGGCCCUGGUGGGCGCUGUCUUUUUGGGCCUCAACCUAGUCUUCCUUGCUGUCUAUCUAAUUUGCCUGUGCUGCUGCAAGAAAGAGGAAGAGUCUGAGACCAAGAAGCCCAACUCCUGCUGCAUCACCUGGACUGCUGUGGUAGCUGGCCUCAUCUGCUGCGCUGCUGUUGGCAUCGGUUUCUAUGGCAACAGCGAAACCAAUGAUGGGGUUUAUCAGCUGAUCUAUGCCCUUGAUAAUGCUAAUCACACCCUCUCAGGGAUUGAUUCACUGGUCUCUGGCACCACUACACAGAUGAAGGUAGCCUUGGAGCAGCACAUGGCUCGACUGAAUGAGAUCUUUGCCAUCCGGGGUGACUAUGUACAGACUCUCAAGUUCAUGCAGCAGAUGGCAGGCAACAUAGUUUUGCAGCUCUCAGGGCUCCCUGUCUGGGAGGACGUUACUAUACACCUGUCCCAGGUGACUACUGAAGUCAGCUCUGUGGAGUAUUACAGGUGGCUCUCCUACCUCUUGCUGUUCAUCCUAGAUUUGGUGAUCUGCCUUAUUGCUUGCCUGGGGCUGGCAAAGCACUCAAAAUGUCUACUUAUUACGAUGCUGUGCUGCGGGCUGUUCACGCUCAUUCUCAGCUGGGGCUCCUUUUCAGUGGAUGUUGCAGCAGCGGUGGGUACCAGUGAUUUCUGCGUAGCCCCGGACAAGAUCAUCCUGAACAUGACCCAAAGUGGCCUCAGUACAGAGAUCGUUCGCUAUUACCUGUAUUGUAGCCAGAGUCUGACCAACCCCUUCCAGCAGGCUCUGACCAUCUACCAGCGCUCCCUCACCACUAUGCAGAUCCAGAUUCAGGGACUCCUGCAAUUUGCUGUGCCCGUUUUCCCUUCUGCUGAGAAAGACCUUCUUGGCAUGCAGAAGCUACUCAACUCCUCAGAGACGAGCCUCCACCAGCUGACUGCCAUGUUGGACUGCAGGGGCCUGCACAAGGAUUAUCUGGAUGCCUUGGUUGGAGUCUGUUACGAUGGGGUGGAAGGCCUGCUGUACCUCAUUCUCUUUUCUUUGUUGGCUGCCGUGGCCUUCUCUACCAUCCUCUGUGCCAUGCCACGGGCCUGGAGGCAUCUAGCCAGCAGGGACCGGGAAUAUGAUGACAUAGAUGAAGAAGACCCCUUCAAUCCACAGGCCCGGCGUAUUGCUGCCCACAACCCCACACGUGGGCAACUUCGUAGUUUCUGCAGCUACAGUAGCAGCCUGGGCAGCCAGACCAGCCUCCAGCCUCCAGCCCAAACCAUCUCCAAUGCCCCAGUCUCUGAGUACAUGAACCAAGCUGUGCUCUUUGGUGGGAACCCACGCUAUGAAAACGUCCCACUGAUUGGAAGAGGAUCGCCUCCCCCCACGUAUUCUCCAAGUAUGCGAGCAACCUAUCUUUCGGUUAAUGAUGAUCACAGGCGACAGUACGGCAACGAAUUUCCAGCCUAGCACCCAGCUUGUAGAGAAGAACCCACAAACAAUGUUUCUAUAGUGGAACCUGACAAAAACUCAAGGUGCGUGGACUGCAGAGAACAAGAAUGCUUCCGUAGUGAAGUGGCAGAGAAGGGCAUCUGGAGAAGGCAUCAGAAGACAUCCAGUGGAACUCGGAAUAAUCUUCCUAGAGGGGUAUCCUGUGUGUUCAAACUGGCAGCUUAUGUUCAUAAUUCUUAGUCUUCCUCUCUUGCACACACUGGACGGAACCCUGUGCUUCCAAACUCUGAGCUAACUGCUCUGAAGUCUUCUUCUGAACUUAUCUCUUGCCCCUUUCCUGUAACCAGUGCAUUGUAUACCCCAACCUCUUUUUGGAGGGGGGGCAGGAACGGAGAUGGAGAGAUUAAGGUAUGGUAUGGACUGCUUCAAUUUUGUGCACCCGGCCAUUAUUUCCUAUUUUAUUUUCCUCUGCACUGACUUGGUUGACAGUGUGAUUCGGGCUUCCUUACUCUUUUUUUUUUUUAAUUAGAGCAAAUAAUAAGACCAGUACACUGUACAAGUAAAUAGAACACUGACACGUGGUGUACAACGACAGUAAGGGAAAUGGGAGCUGGCUACGAAAGAAAAUGUUCCUUGCUUUUGAGUCAACGCAAUACCAACCACUAAAGUGGAUUUCGUUUUUCUACUAGAGAGGCCACUAAGCCUUCCGCUGGCUUGGCACUAUGCUAACUUUAGUAUGAUCCUUCCCCUCUCAAUAGCAACUCCUCUUUGGAAGGUAUGGUAUAAGAUCCACACAGUAUUCUCUCUUGUUCACCUGUUUCCUUUGCUCCUCCAGUUAACAUGAAAUUCACCAGCCAUUGCUGGUGUCGCCUCAGGUAUUAUUUGGAACAAACUGAAUUUUCUUUUCUUUGCGCGUUUGUUUUUAAUUUGUGUGUUUUUAUUUUUUUUUCCUUCCGAUGUUUUAUAUCCGCUUUCCAAAGAACACAAACAUAUCCUUGACUUUUUAAAAGAUUUUUUUAAAUGGACAGUUACUCAUAGUUUUAUAUAUAUAUAUAUGUAAGAAUAUUUUGCAGGUCGGUUUUUCUUUUUUUAAAGCACCAGUUUCUUAAGAAACAAAGUAAAAUUAAUGUCCCAAGCUGAUAUAAAUUUCUACUGUCUUGAAUGCAAGAAACCUUCAACAGAAAUCUUUUCUCACAUUCUCGGACGGGGCGGGGGGAGGGGGCGGCCAAGAAGUGUGGGAAAAUUGGAUCUGAAUUAGUAUAUAAUGGCUCCAGAGUGCUGCAGUGAUGGUUUGUAUUGACAAACAGUACUGUUAGCCCAGUUUCUCUUAAGUAAUAACGGUCUUCUUUCCCCCGAGACGACAGCAGCAUGUAUCUUUAGAGGUUCUUGGAAGCAAUUCCCACUAUCAACAAUUACCAAGGAAACCUUGCUAAAGCUAUAACUGCUCUUCAUCACGGUAGUGGUUGUUAGCAUGGUUUCAGCUUUCAACACAAACAGAACCUGUUGCUCACCCUUCCUUGUGGAUAUUGAGUGGAGGUGGUUCCUUUGCCUUUCUGUGUGCCUGAGUCUGAGGAGAAGUAUCCCGGGUAGCAAGGAUGAAUUGGUGGAAGAGGGAAGAGACUUCGGGGGAUCAAAAUGUGUUCAAAUGGAUGAGUUGGGGUGUUCUUCCACCCUCUGGACCCCUGGUGCUAUUUUACUGGUCUAAUUGUUGGCUUCUGCCUAAAACCAUUUAAUUCCUUUGAAGUCAGAAACGUUGUAUUUGUUUAGGCUGUGGUGAGUUUGCCCAGUUAUACUUUGAAGAUGAUCGAAAGCAAUAUAUAAACACUUCCAUGGGAACCCAAAGGGAUGGGUCUAACUCCUUGCCUGUCCAAGCACAAAGAGCCACAAAAUACUCCCAGACCUGAACACUGCAACUGAGGCUUCCCAGACGGUGUCAGUUACUGGAAUUUUGAACUGCACGUCCUUCAGCAUUACUUACGCCAACUUCUGUGUUAGGGGUGACCGUGCUAAACUCUGCAGAAGUACAACAGAGUCGCCCUCCUAUGCACAUGAUGCCACGUGGAGGUUUUAAUUACUUGACAGCAAUGACUCACUGUGUCUUUUAUCAAGAAUAUCUUGUACAUAUCAUGUAUGGUGACAUCAUUUGUACAUUCAUCUUAUAUGUGACUGAUUACAACUUAAGGCAUGUGGAGGGGAAAACCCUGAUCUUAUGCUUUUAAACUUGUCAUUGUAACACCACCAUUUAAAACUGUUUUUUUUUUAAUAAAAAAAAAAACGCAUGUGAACUAACCUCAUCUCAGGCUCCUUUCAGGGCUAUGCCUGAUUUGUAUGUACUGACUGGGAAGCAGAUGAAUAAAAACUUGUACUAAAAAGUGA